CCGCGGCGCUAACCGCUUGCCCGAUCAGUCGACCGACGACACCGCUACUGUCCGUGUUCCGCCGCGUGUACGUGAUGAUAAUAUAAUAUUGUUACUGUUGCAAUAAAAUAAUAUAAUAUUAUCUGUUCGCCGUUUCGCCGAUCGAAGUGUACCCAUCACCGUAAUACUAUAACGCAUUCGCCGGUGUCGCAAUCGAUCGCGUGUGCGCUUUUACGCUUAUAAUAUUGUAAUAAACGAACAUUUUUUUUUCUCGAGCUUCCUCUGAUUUAAUAUUUUUUAAUAUUUUAAUACAUCAACUCUGUUCGUCGUUUAUCGCCGUGCACUAAAUAUCAAAAUCGAGAUUAAUCGUUUUAUGAAUUCGCGCGCAUCUUCCGCUGCGGUCUGCCGGUGGUAGGUAAGCCGCGCGCGUUGAAUGCGCUUUACAAACGGUUCGUGCGGACACACAUGCUAGAACAGACCGGAGCAGCAAAUAUGACAGUCUUAGCGCUCAACCAUCUGUUGCCGCCGCCGCCGACGCCGUCCGCCAACAACGGCGGUCCGCAACCACAACAGCAACAGCAGCAGCAACAACAGCAACGAGCGGCCGCCGGAGCUGACGGCAACGGCGCCGACGACGUGCAGCAAAACGGCAAGACGUCGCGUAUGAUGACGGGCGCGGCCGCGGCCACCAACAUGUCGACGGCGUUGAUGAUGGGUGGCGGGCCGCCGACGGGCCACCACCACCACCAUCACCACCACAGCCACAACCACCAUAUCAAUCAAUUGCACAACAACAACAACAACAACAACGACGACACGGCCAGCAGCCCGCGGUCAUCCGUCGUCGCGGCCGCCCGGCCGUCCGGUCACAUCAAGUUCAGCGUGGCCGCCCUGUUGGCCGACACCAGGCCCGUCCGGUCACCGACGCCCGGUUCCGUGUACGACGACGACAUGGACACGCCGGACGACGACGAGGACGACCGCAACAGCGUGGACGUGGAGACGACCGACGGCGGCGUCGCGGUCGGCCGGCGGUGUUCGUCCAGCACGCCGGACCGCGGCCGCUCGCCGAUGCCGCUUCACACUUCGUCACCGCCGCUGUCGCAUCACCAGCACCACGGCGGCCACCCGUUCCAGCAGCCCGGCGGGUCCAUGGCAGCUCGCGCGGCGUUCAUGAUGUCCGGCGGCGGUGCGUCCGUCCCCGGCGGCGGUGGACACCAUCACCAUCCCGUCGCGCCCGUCCGGCCGACACCGUUCACGGCGUUCGCCGCGGCCGCCGCGGCCGCCUACUCGGCCGCCGGCAUGCAGCACCCCGCCGCCCCCGGAGCAUGGCACCCGCAUUACGCCGGUGCGUUCCCCGGCUUCGGUUCCACCGGUCUCAAUUCCGGAUCACCCGGUAAGUUUUCAAGUCGAUAUUAUGAUUUAAUGCAAUAGUUUUUUUUAUUGUAUUUUCAUCGCGAUUACGUAUGAACCUUUAUGAAUUAUUGACCGUACGGCGGCGGCGGCAGCGGCGUAUUGUUAACGCGUGUGUCAAAAAUCUUUUUACUCUUCGCUCGACCGUACUCUAUUUUUAGAAUGUCCAUAAUAUAUUGUUGGCAUAAUAGGCAGGUAAUUGUCGAAAUUUAUUUUUAUCCUCGUAUGCACAUGAUGCAUGAUGCCCGUGCGGAGAGCGCCUCUAUUUUUAUACCGUUUGCGUACACAAUAAAAGCAAUAUCGCCUAAUUAGCCGAAUAAUUAUUGUAAUAUUGUUGACGCGCGCGCGAGAUAAUAAUAAUAAUAAUAAUAAUAUAAUAUAGAAUAUAGAUAAUUAUUCGAUAUCCACAGUUCAUUAUUCUACACAAAUUAUGGUUUUGGGGACCUCGUCCAACGGUCGGUUUUCGGCGCGCAAACAAUAAUAAAAUAUCUAUUUGUGGCUGUACUUAUACAACGAAUUGUGUACCCACUUUGUAUUGGGUAAAAUGUUUGUUUUGUUUUUAAAGUUU